GUCAUGAUGGAGGAUCACCGGCCCCUCACAUCACCAGUUAAGGAAGAGAGAAGAACAUCGGAGAGAUGUCCCAGUCCUCUUCUUCCACAGGAUGGUUCAGAAGAACAUCACAAUGUCCCACAGGAUGAUCAGGUUCUGUACCCGGGUGAAGAUCUGAACAUUAUAUAUGUUACAGAGACAUAUGUGAGGGGUGAUGAGCAGAGUACAGAGGAUAUUCCUACAGAUAACCUCCCAGAUGACUGUACCCGGAGCUCGGAGGAAUAUCUGAUACCUUCAGAUUUUAAACCAGAUGAUCAUGGUAUCACAGAAGAUUCAUAUGAACAGUAUGUCAUUAUCUCAGAUAUACCUUCAGACCUUUACAACAAAGAUCCGUCAUCUGAUCCUUUUCACCAGGUCCGAUCUUCUGAUUCAUCACAGACUGUUAAGCAAAAUAAACGUUACAAGAGUGGUGAACAUCAGAGACCCCACACAGGGGAAAAGCCAUUUUCAUGUUCAUAUUGUGGGAAAUGCUUUAACCAUAAAUCAGCUGUUGUUAUGCAUGAGAGAAUUCACACAGGGGAGAAGCCAUUUUCAUGUUUGGAAUGUGGAAAACGUUUUUACCAAAAAUCUGAUCUUACGCAACAUGAGAGAAUUCACACAGGGGAGAAACCAUAUUCUUGUUCAGAAUGUGGAAAACGUUUUAAUCAUAAAUCCGAUCUUGUUAAACAUAAGAGAAUACACACAGGAGAGAAGCCAUUUUCAUGCUCAGAAUGUGGAAAGCGUUUUAACCAUAAAGCAGAUCUUGUUAAACAUGAGAGAAUUCACACAGGGGAGAAGCCAUUUUUAUGUUCAAAAUGUGGGAAAUGUUUUAUAGAUAAAUCAUACCUUACCAUACAUCAGAGAAUUCACACUGGGGAGAAGCCAUUUUCGUGUGCAGAAUGUGGAAAACGGUUUAGCCAUAAAUCGGUUCUUUCUAAACAUCAGAGAAUUCACACAGGGGAGAAGCCAUUUUCAUGUUCAGAAUGUGGGAAAUAUUAUAGAUUUGAAGCAAGUCUUAUCGCGCAUCAGAGAACUCACACAGGGGAGAAGCCAUUUUCCUGUUCAGAAUGUGGGAAAUGUUUCACCCACAGAACAAGUCUUGUUGCACAUCAGAGAAUUCACACAGGGGCGAAACCAUUUUUGUGUUCAGAAUGUGGGAAAUGUUUUAACCAAAAGUCAAAUCUUGUUAAUCACGAAAGAAUUCAUAGAGGGGAGAAGCCAUUAUCAUGUCCAGAAUGUGGGAAAUGCUUUAACCAGAAAUCAACCCUCGUGGCCCAUCAGAGAAUUCACACAGGGGAAAGGCCAUUUUCAUGUUCAGAAUGUGGGAAGCGUUUUAACCAAAAGUCAAAACUUGUUGAUCAUGAAAGGAAUCAUAGAGGGGAGAAGCCAUUUUCAUGUUCAGAAUGUGGCAAGUGCUUUAACCGUAAAUCGGAUCUUGUUAGACAUCAGAGAAUUCACACAGGGGUGAAACCAUUUUCAUGCCCGGAAUGUGGGAAAUGUUUUUCUCAAAAAUCAACUCUUGUUGACCAUCAAAAAAUUCAUAGAGGAGCGGGGCCAUUUUGAAAGUGUUUUAGCCAAAAUUCAGCUCUAGUUGCUUAUCAAAUAACUUGCAGAGGAAAAACAUGUUCAUGUCCAUAAUGUAGUAAAUGUUCUAACUACAAAUUAGAUCUUAAACAUUAUAGAAUCAGGGAAGUAGCUUAUUUAUUUUUAAAGGGGUAAUUCCAUCUGGGACAUUUAUGGCAUAUCCUAU